AUGCGCAGUACCUUUUUGUACAGCGUUGCAGCACUGACUGCCUGUUCCUCUGCUCUGGCCGUUCCCACCACCGGCAAUAGUCGACAAACGAGCCUGCGAAAGCCGGCCGACGACGACAACUAUGACCUCGAGCCGUCGGCAAACUUUGCGUUCUCGGGCAUCACCACGUUUGCCAAACUCCCCUCCGUGCAGUGCUUGACGGAGACGGGACCGGUGGACGACAUUCUGAUCCUAGGAUUUCCCUUCGACACGGCCACGUCGUACCGGACCGGCACGCGUCUAGGGCCCAAUGCCGUGCGUCAGGGCUCUCGAGCAGCCUCUCUAGCUGGCCACUACAACUACCGCCAGUCAAUCAACCCGUACAAGCACAACAUCUCGGUCGUCGACUGUGGGGAUUUGCCCAUUUCGCCGUUCGACAACGGUCUCGCGUUCGCCCAGAUGGAGGAGUGGCACCACCCCCAAAUCGUCGCUCUGGGCGGCGACCACAGCAUCUCCCUCCCGAUCCUGCGCGCGUUGAACACCGUCCACGGCAAAGUCUCGGCCGUCCACAUCGAUGCGCACAUCGACACGUGGUCGCCUAAGGUGUUUGCGGGCGCCAAAGCCGGGAGCAAGCAGGCCCAGUUCGCCGACGGCACGCCGUACUACUGGGCGGGGAUGGAGGGGUUGCUGGGCGCGAGGAACGUGCACGCGGGGAUCCGCUCGUCGCUGGAUUCCGAGAAGGACAUGGAGCUCGACGAGGAGGUCGGCUUCGUCACCAUCCCCGCUGCGGACAUGCUGAAGCGCGACGGCGUGUGGGGCGUCAUCGACCAGAUCCGCGCCGUCGUCGGCACUUCUGGAGAGCCCGUCUACGUCUCCCUCGACGUCGACUGUCUCGACCCGGCCUUCGUGCCUGGCACCGCCGGCCCGGCCUCGGGCGGCUGGACGCCCCGCGAAAUCAUCCAGAUCAUCAUCGACGCGCUCGACGGGCUGAACAUUGUGGGCGUCGACGUCGUUGAGGUUCUGCCCUCGUUGGACCAGGCCGAGAUCACGGGCAUCGUCGCCGCGGAGUUUACUAUCGAGCUUAUUACCCGGUUGGUUAGGAACAGACUCGGUCUAUGA